ACUGUAAGUUAAAUAAAAGAAGCACAAGUGUAUAUAUGUAUGUAUGUAUUUCGAUAUACAGACUGACUGGUUAUACCUUCCCCUUCUACUGAACAUCGGUUACUACCACCGGUUCUCCUUCUUUUGCCUUUUCCCCAGACCCUUCAGUUGCUUUGCAGCAGUCGUUGCGUUUGGAGCAUCAUGUUUAUUCUUAACUAAAUUCUAAUCGAUUCAACUAAAAAGCUAAUAUUUAAUAUACUAAAUAAAAUGAAGAAAUUAAUACGAAAAGUAUUGUUGUCAAUAAUGUAGUUUAACUCCAGUGAAAGUGAUGUUAAUUAAUUAUAAGAUAUAAAUUAUCGGUGUGCUGGUUUAAAAAAAGAAAAGAAUUAGAGCAAAUAAAAUUACAUGAUUUAUUGCUGUUAGUAUCAAUUUUAUCAGUCAAUGAUUAUUGAAAUAACUUUUAGAAUAAAAUCAUGAUAUUGUUAAGUAAUUAAUUGAUAUAAAUAUAUGCUAAUGAUUGGAAUAAAAAUGUUUGACGCCAUGUUGUCUCUUGAAGAGAAAUGAACACGUGGUCCUGAAGAAGAGAAUUCUCUUCCUCAUUCUCUUCUUCUUAUUCUGCUUUAAUAUAUUUUUUUAUUUGCUUUAAUGCUCAUACAAAGAUCUUAAGUAAUGUUGACCGAUGACGCGUGUUGAGAAUGUCAAAGAGUGACUAUCAAUGAUGCAACUGAAGAUGCCACAGGAUUUGAUCUGUACAUCAUCAAUAAAAACUCGUUUUUAAAUGGUUUUCCAAAAUAUCGACAUGAGGAAUCCUGGAUUCCUCUUCGAACAUGCUAGACACGGAUAUAUUCAAUAUGUCAGUUUGAGUGAGUGUUACUUCGCGGGGAAAGGAGCUGCAUUGGUUUUACCGCCCAAUGAGAGAGCCAGACCAUCAAGAAGGGUAUCAGCAGCAGGAUGUGACAUUCAGCAGCAUCUGCAGUCCAUGUUUUACCUGCUCAGACCUGAGGAGACCCUAAAAAUGGCUGUGAAGCUUGAAUCUGUACAUCCGGGAAGAACACGUUACUUAGUGGUAGUGUCUUGUAAUGGACGACAGGAUGCCGAAGAGAGUUGUCUACUUGGUAUCGACUGUCAUGCAAAAGCAACUGUUGGGCUUGUCCUUCGGGUUCUAGCUGAUACAGCUAUAACACUUGAUGGCGAUGGAGGUUUCAGUGUGAGUGUAUGCGGUCGUCAGCAUAUCUUCAAGCCUGUCUCCGUACAAGCAAUGUGGUCAGCUCUCCAGACAUUGCACAAGGUUUCAAGCAAAGCCAGAGAUCAAAAUUAUUUUUUGGGUGGACUAUCACAUGACUGGGUCAGUUACUAUGAACAACGAAUUGAGAGUGAUCGUUCGUGCCUCAACGAGUGGCACGCAAUGGACAAUCUCGAGUCUCGAAGGCCUCCAUCACCGGAUAGUGUGCGGACUAAGCCAAGAGAACGUGAAGAAACCGAACGAGUAAUUCGUGCAACAUUGAAAGAGAUCAUGAUGUCAGUGGAUUUAGAUGAAGUCACAUCAAAAUACAUUCGAGGAAGACUCGAAGAAGAUCUCGAUAUGGAUCUUGGAGAAUUUAAACCAUUUAUUGAUGAAGAAAUGCUGACAAUUCUAGGACAAAUGGAUUCACCAACAGAAAUCUUUGAUCACGUUUAUCUUGGUAGUGAAUGGAACGCUAGCAACCUUGAAGAGUUACAAAAGAAUGGGGUCAAGCAUAUUUUAAAUGUCACUCGGGAAAUAGACAACUUCUUCCCAGGGAUGUUCAAUUACUUAAAUGUUCGAGUAUAUGAUGAUGAGAAAACAGAUCUCUUGAAACAUUGGGAUGACACAUUCAAGUACAUAACAAAAGCUAAGAAAGAAGGAUCUAAAGUUUUAGUUCAUUGCAAAAUGGGAGUUUCACGAUCAGCAUCAGUAGUGAUAGCUUAUGCAAUGAAAGCUUAUAACUGGGAUUUUUCACAAGCUUGGAAACAUGUAAAAGAGAAACGUAAUUGUAUAAAACCAAAUAAUAAUUUCUUACUACAACUAGAAACGUAUCAAGGGAUUUUAGAUGCUAUGAAAAACAAAGAAAAGCUUCAGAGAUCUAAAUCUGAUACAAAUCUUAAGUCACCAACAACAUCAAAGCUUGGUAGAACGAAAGAGAAUAAUGAGGAAGAUAAAAUAGAUACUCGAAAUGGAACAACUAAUGAAGUUUCAGGCGUAGAAUUAAAGAAAUCCGGAAAAAGGCCUAAAAGUUGGUCUCCGAGAAUUGAAAUAGUAGAGAAUGUUUUCCCGGCUCCUUUGUCACAGUCACUUGAAAGCAUAGAUAAGACAUCAAACACGGAAAUAACAAGAGAAGAUUUGCUUCGUGGAACGAAUAUCAAAACAGCUGUUGAUCAAGAGACAAGAAAUGUUUUAAUGCCUUGUGACAAUGGUCAGUCAUAUUCCGUAUCCCAGAAUCAAAUAGUUCAUCUUCCUGGACCCGAUACACCUGGAAGAAAACAAAAGAGUAAAGCAGAAUCUUUUCAAGGUCACAGACGAAGAGGUUUAGUUUUGAAUUUAACAAAUCAGUUCGAAGCUGCUGGAAGUAAACCUUCAUCUCCAGAGUCUGAAGCUGAUGGAGUUAAGCCUUUGAGUCCGGGAAACGAGAGGGUCAUGGAAAAUGGCCUUUACUCGAAUUCUCAGCGGUCCUCAAUAGAUAAUAAGCAAGAUAAUGAUGGCAAAAGGCCAAUAAAAAAUACUAAUAGUGAUUGUCUAGUCUGGACUGCUUCAACAGAAGCUAAAUGUACCAAUUCAAAUAACAUUAGAAGUAGUGUCAGUGUUACAAGUGAUUUAAUAUCAAGUGAUUUGCCGCCACCAGCGGUAACAACUACCACAACGACGGCAGGUGUUAAUUUUAGAGCUGUACGACGACCUAAAAAAGAUGGAGAUCCUUUUAGCGCACAAUUAGACAAAUUUUUUGAUCGAGAAGAAAGAAGAGAACCUUCAAGAGAAUCUCCUAGUAGGCAGAGUUCAUGGAGUAGUUAUGAUAGUGCUGUUGUGCUUGACAAUAACUCAGUUCAUAGUUCUUGGGCAACUCUGCCAUCGAGAAACAGCUCCUGGGGAUCAUAUGAUAUGCGCCCAAAUGAUCUUCUAGGUUCUUCAGGAUUGUUUCCUUAUGAUAAAGAAGAGAUUCCCUGGCAUCCAGGUACUGUAAAACGAACAAAACAAAAAUUAGAAGAAGGUACCGGUGUUUCUAUGACUAAAAGAGUUUGUACUCAGUCCAAUGAAACUGAAGAAAAAUCUCAAACACUGCCUUCGUCUGAUGAAUCAUCAGAACCUCCAUUUAACUCAGUUUUACUUCAAUGCAGUACAUCUCCAACACCUCAAAGAAGAGAUUCAUCGCCUACAGUUACUGAAGAAAAUCACCAUAAAACUGAUAGAUCUGGUGACAGUUCUGGAGGCAUUGAUAUCUCUCCUACCUCAUUAACUAGACAAAUUGGACGAUUAUCAACUAGUGCACCUGUUCCUUCGGUUCUCUCAACUGAUGCUGAUAAUUUACCUUCGUCUUUACUUAGAACCUGCAGAUCUGAAAGUGAAACAUCAAGUCCGUGUGUUGUUAAUACUACUCAAUGUCCGUCUGUUAAGCACCAUAAAAUGGUUCUGGAGAAUCUCAGUAAUAAACCAAGUUUUACGAAACGUUGUUUGUCAGUUGAUGAUUCUCUUCCUGAACCACCGUGUUCUUCAGCAUCAUCUUCAUCGUCAGAAGGACCUAGAAAUAUGGCAGGAAUUGUUAAGAACUUGAAGAAAGAAUUUGAAGCCAAAUCUAGCAAGUUCGAAAAAAGUCCUGAUAAUACUAGUGACCUAAUGAAUAACGAUAAUCAAUGGUCUAAAAGAGAUUCUAAAAUUAUCAGGAGUCUUCCUUCUUCACCUGUCAUUGCACAUAGUGAGACAAAAAUCCGCUCAUCAACAAGUAUUUCAACUUGUCGGGAUAAUUCACUUGUUAAAGCACAUUCUGAUGAGGAUCAUGAAGCUAGAAAUCGUCAGGAUAGUUCAGAGGAUCUUUCUGUUAAAGUAUUGGUCGGAAAAUACGAAGUUGCCAAGCCAGAUGCUAAAAAAAUAUCUGAAAUUCAACUUCGUUCGCACAAAGAUCGAGAUAAUACUAUUGAAGCCCACCCUCCAGCUAAAUCAAAAAUAGCUCCUCAAGAAUUUGCUCGUAGAUCAGCACCAAUUAUUAUUAAUUCUUCAGUGUUUAUGUCUGAAGGUGCUGAGGCACCUGGGAGGCCACCUGUUCCUUCACCAAGUGCGGUAGUGGCAAGUGUUGUCGCAAAAGCUGCAAGUAAAAAGCAACAACAACAACAUGGUAGAACUCAUCCCCUUGCUAGGCUGCAGGUCAGACCGAGGCAUAGUAACUGUCCUGUUUAUAACACUAUGUAAUGGAUCUUAUCUUUAUUGUUAAUAAUUAUUUCAAUAAUGUUUGAUCCAUUGGGAAGAAUGAAUUAUCUAGAGAGAAAAUUAUCUUCAAAAAAAAAGAGCGCUGUCUUUGAUAAAAUUGAAUUAUUCAAUAAUUUAUUGAAAUAUUGUCAUUGAAUAAUGUUUCUGAAUAAUCUAUUUUAUAUAAAUAUCAAUUUCAACAAAUUUUUUAUAAAAAUAUUUAUUUUCCAAUAUUUUUUUAAGAUCUUUUUUAAUAAUUUUCUCUUCAGCGCCAUUUGCAAUCGCGAAAUACUCAUUGUUGAGGUUGUGAGAUACAAGAAAAAAUUAAAUACAUUUAAAAAAAAAAAUUAUGUGAUUAUUAAAACAUUGAAUUUUUAUAAUUUGAUUUGGAUUUAAUUUUACGUUUGACCGCAAUGAGCUCAUGGAACAGUAAAAUUAAAUAAAUAAUUGAAUAAAUUCAGAGUGGUGAUAAAGACAAAUAUCUUCAUAGUAAUUAUUUAAAUUCUAUUUAACUGAUUUGGCGUACUUUGGAAACGAAAAAAAAAUGUAUGAUAAAAAAUAUAAUGAAUGAAAUGAACAAAAAAAGAUCUAAAGCAAUAAAAUUUUAUCUAACAAAAAUAGAAACAACUAUAGAACGAUUAAGAGUCAUAUAUCGGUGAGCACUCGGUCAGGCUGUGAAUGAAACGUCUGGGGCUCGCGUGUUCCAGCUUUCUGUUCUUGUUUCUUGACAAUUGUUUUAUCUAUCAGGCUAUUUUAAUGUCGCCAUCAUUGUUGAAUAUUUUCCAUAGAUAAUUUGGUAAUAAAAUUCAAAAAAUAGCCUUUUGUGAAGAAUCGCAAAGCUUUGAAAUGCAUCAGGGCUGGAAAGAUUUUGAGAUAAUGAAAAAUAAGAUAAAAUCGAUAAACUCAUGAAUAUUAAAAAGUGAUAAACUCAUAAGCUUUUGUGUAACAUUUAGGUAAUUAAAUGGACUAUAUUGUGAUUAGAAAGCACUUGAGAGUGCGCUAAAUGUAAAGAAAAGUGUAUGUUUGUGUGAAAAAAAGAAUCUAUUUCGAAUAUUCAUUAACUAAUAAUAAUAUUAAUAUUAAUUAUAACAAUAAUAAAAGAGAUGUACAAGUAAAUUUAUUGAAUGAUUGUGUAUAGAAUGACGCGUUAACUAUCCUAAUCUUUAUAAUCUUAAUUACUUAGGUACUAAUUAAUUAUUAAUUAUUAACUGUCGUAUAUUCCCAAUUAUUACAAAUUAAAUUUGUUAAUCUAAUAAUUUGACUUGUGCCACUUUUAUCGCCGGCUUCGCGUUUACGUCAUCAUUCUUAGCUGAAUAAAUGUGUCCUUCGAUAGCUAUAUGAACAAAUGCAUCAUUCAAUUGUAUAUUUGCAGUGCGAUUGUAUCUUGCUUAGUUUUAAAUUUUAACAAAUUGACAAAAUGAAAAAA